GCUGAUAUCAUAUCAAUGUUUUUUUUUCAGGCAAAACCAUGGUUGUUCCAAUAUUUAUAUCGACUCAAUAUAAAGAAGCUAAGGAUCUUGAUGCUCAGAUAGGGGAAGCUGACGAUGUGGAGCACCUUGAGAACCCUAAUUUCGAAUUCGAAGAAACCUUCGAAGUGGAAGCAAGGGAUUUGAAACUACGUCCAGUCAGAAAGCACAAGUCGGUCUGGCGUUCUGGAUGGUUCUUAUUCUGCAUUUUCAUCCUUAUUUGCAUGGUUGGAGUGCUGAGUUUCCUUGUGAGCAGCUAUAUCUCAAAAUUGUAUGGCGGUCGACAGAGAACGGGGUGGUGCAAAGUUGAGUACUCGGUCGAAUCUUUCAACCGAAAAGCCCACCAUGACUUCGUUUAUGGACCCGGACGCCAUGUGGCGAGAAGCGAACUGCCGAAGACAGACGAGUGGAUCCGACUGAACGAUGGGGUCUCGUGGGAAUUGGAAUCGGAGGGAGAGUUCAAUUACAAAAUUGUGACUGAUCUCGAAACAGACAUGUCUGCUCUGAAGUUUGUGGACUUUAUGGAUGGGAAGGACUACUGCUUCAUUGGAUCACGAUAUGACUUCGGCCUUCCCUCAUACAGGGAUGUUGAGUCUUUCCUGGAAAACCUGCACGAUAAGGCGGAGAUAUUGGUGGACCAUGUUCAUGAGAUCUACUUCCUGACUGCUGGAGACCUUCUCCCCCCUGGAGUGUACCUGGACCCCCCAAUCAGGCAGCUGUGUGGACCUGACACCUACAAGUUCUCCGUGGCUGCUAUCAACCCGGACAAUGACCCAGAUAUUGGCCGAGUGGCCAAGGCAGAGGCAUACUACUACUCAGCCAGCAAGAACGUCGACAUGAGACAACUGGAGGACAUCCUGACUGUGAUGCAGACCCUUCAGCGACUGCAGGAAGUGCUGGCGUAUCUGCCCAGUGGUGGAUACGUGACUCAGAGUGGAACUGGAAGAGUGGUCUCCUUCGAGAUAGUCCACCCCAAGUCAGCUCUGGACAUUAGCACUGGAUCUCUGUCUCAGUAUCCGGCUAUACAGAACAACGCAAACAAAGAGGUCAAGGAAAGCCAAGAGAAGAAGGAUGAAUAAACAGAAAAGCAGUAAAGACGGCGUUUUCUGAUUACUGCUUCACGCCUAAAACUUAUUUUUUAUGUCAAAAUCUGCAUGUGUUCUAAAUUGUUCGUAAAUUGGGCGAAAGGAUUAACAAAAUUAGUCAAUGUAGGAGUAUUUUCAUGUCUUGGCAUCAAAAUUUAUAGUUUUACGUAAUACUAGGUUGUUUUUCGAUUUGUUGACCUUUCGACUUAUUGGCACAACAGUUAUCUCAGUGCUUGUUUGCUGUUCUAACAUUUAAAGCGGCUAUCGCGGCUUUGACAUCCAAAUGCGCAACCAAAGAACCCAAUGUACCAAGAAGAGAACGAACACAUUCGAAUUUUAAAGAAAUUUGCUUCAAAUUAGUAGUUUAAUGCUGAAUCUAUGCACAAUUGUAGAAUCAAGUUGAAACGCUGUGUUGUCUUUAGAACUAAACCUAGAAUAAUCUUUCGGGUGAGUCUAAAAUGAGCGAUCUGAAAGCUUUGAGAGAUACGUACUCGUAGUUAGAAUUUGAAGAAGAAUGCAAAUGAUGCUGAUGAUAAUCAGCUACACUGACAGCCUUUCUUCAGUUUUAUCUUUCAUGCUACCCCAUUUUUAAAUGAAACAUUAAUCGUAGUUAGAUGAAAAUUUACUCUAUUAUAAAUGAGCUAUAUUAAAUAUAAAUCCUAAUAUAACGGGAUUGGUGAAGGGAUGUUUUGAUGAAGACUAACCAUGUUUUCCUUUAUAACUAACAUAGUGCACAAAUGGAACCAGUUUGUAUAAAUUAAGUGAAAUCAAAACUUUGUUUAAUUUUG